UGUCAUUUGAGGUCCGCUCAACCGCCAUAUAAAGCCCGACGACACUCGGCGAGGCUUCUUUAUUUGUCAUCGCCUGCGCCAGAUGUUCUUGAGAAUUCCUUUUGCGUAACUUGCGCAACAAGCGUUUCAGUUCUUGAGCUUGCUUUGCUCCGAUCAAGAUUUGGGGAUUCUUCAAUAUUCCAGUUUUUACGGGUAAAGGAGGCAAUUGUUUUAACUACUGCAGAUCAUAUAAGAAUUCUGAGUCCUAAAAUGUCUGCCUAGGAGUUAGUACUAGAACUCCAUUGAACAAGUCCUGGAAACCCUUCUUAUACCAACUGCUAGCGGUGGAAAUCUUCUUACUGUGGGCUCAUUUCUGAUUUCUUAAUGCAAGCGAAUCGGCAGGCUUCAUCUGUGAUCAAUGAGAUGUAUCAACAAUCUGUGCUAGAGAUGGAUCCUUACUAUUUAUCUCAUUUUCACGUAAUGGGAAACCAUGUCUCUCCUGACACAAGCAGCCAGGGAAACAGUGUUAACUUCUCUUCCUGUAAGGAUCAGUUCUUUACUCUGGAAUCAUUCCCGGCUACUGCUGAUCUGAGUGCCUGUAAUUCCCCUUCUGCUGUGAGUGUUCUGUCUUCCAGGAGUCCCUUCUCACCUCAAGGUUCUCAAUCAUGCUCUUCAGAUCAACACCAUUCCUUUGACAACACUUGCGGAUCACCAUUAAGUGGAUGCUCUGUAACUGAUGAUGAUAACGAAUUAAAGCACAAGCUGAAAGAAUUAGAAAUUUCUUUGCUGGGGCCUGAAUCUGACAUUGUAGAUAGCUGCUACUGUUCUUUCAGGAGUGGGACACAUCAAGAUGCAUCAGUGGCAAAGCGUAACUGGAAUCAGGUGGUUGAAAUGAUUCCUAGACUAAAUCUUCAGGACACACUUAUCCAUUGUGCCCAAGCGAUUCAUGAUUCGGAUCUAAAUGUGGCGACAUUAUUUAUGGAUGUUUUAGGGCAGAUGGUUUCUGUCUCCGGUGAUCCAGCUCAGAGGUUGGGAGCUUACUUGUUGGAAGGGCUUAGAGCGAGGCUGGAACGAUCUGGGAGUGCAAUAUACAAGGCUCUAAAGUGUGAAGAGCCAACAAGUUCUGAACUAAUGUCAUAUAUGUCUGUUCUAUUCCAGAUUUGCCCGUACUUCAAAUUUGGUUAUACUUCUGCUAAUGCCGUCAUUUGGGAGGCCAUGGUAAAUGAACCGAUAAUCCACAUUAUUGAUUUUCAAAUCGCACAGGGUAGUCAGUAUAUACCCCUCAUCCAGGAUCUUGCCAAUCGGCCUGGUGGUCCCCCAGUUCUUCGCAUAACGGGCGUGGAUGAUUCCCAAUCAGCUCAUGCUCGAGGAGGGGGACUGCAAAUCGUGGGACAGAAGUUAGCUCAGCUGGCUCAAUCAAAGGGAAUUCCCUUCCAAUUUCAUGCUGCUGCAAUGUCUGGUUGUGAGGUUGAACGCAGUAAUCUUAGAAUAAGACCGGGAGAAGCAUUGGCUGUGAAUUUUCCGUAUGCCUUACACCACAUGCCAGAUGAGAGCGUUAGCACACAUAAUCACCGAGACCGGCUUUUAAGGCUGGUUAAAAGUCUGUCACCAAAAGUAGUAACCAUAGUUGAGCAGGAAUCCAACACGAACACAUCCCCAUUCCUUCAUCGUUUUAUAGAGACGCUAGAUUAUUACACUGCUAUGUUCGAGUCAAUAGAUGUAGCUCGUUCAAGAGACGACAAGCAGCGAAUCAGGGCAGAGCAACAUUGUGUGGCCCGAGACAUAGUGAACAUGGUAGCUUGUGAGGGAUUUGAAAGGGUAGAACGCCAUGAACUCCUUGGCAAGUGGAGGAUGAGAAUGAGGAUGGCUGGUUUCACUUCAUAUCCAAUGAGCUCAUCUGUAACAGGAGCUAUCAAGAAUAUGUUGAGGGAUUUCAAUGAGAACUACAGACUCCAAGAAGUGGAUGGGGCCAUCUACCUUGGCUGGAAAAACAGACCAAUGGCAACCUCCUCUGCAUGGAGAUGAGAGCCUCUAAACUCCAAAUCCAAUUGACUAAUAGAUUCUGUAAAAUUUUUGCUCUCGAGCUUUCCUUUACGAGUACAUCUUAGAGCGUGGAGCGAUGAUAACCCAUAUAGAUUUAUAGAAUGUGAGGUUAAAAAAGCUCUUACUGUUUGUAGGAAGGAACCCAAAUCUUGAAACUUGCUGUAAAUUUUCCAACUUUGGCCAAAGAAUUUUGUCCUUGUGUUAA